UGCGCGUCGGUGACCGCUCGGUGAGUUGGUGUCGCUUGCUUCCUCCCGAAAAGAAGCGAAAAGAAGACAGAAAUGGCGCUACUAGUGAGGGAUCCGUUGGCUUCCAGAAUGGAGUUGGUGUUGCUACCGGCUGAAGGUUGUUCAGCGCGGAGUUUGCUUCGUGCCCGUUGCGAGAAACAGGGUCUUCUAGAAGAACAUUUUUAUGUCAAGUGUAAUGGCCGAUGUAUUGAUUCUGAAGAUUUGCUACAGGAUGGAGCUGUCUACAGUCUUGAACCCAGACUGUGUGGUGGAAAGGGAGGUUUUGGAUCCAUGCUGCGAGCACUUGGUGCUCAGAUUGAAAAAACAACCAACCGGGAAGCUUGUAGAGAUCUUAGCGGAAGAAGGCUUCGAGAUGUCAACCAUGAAAAAGAAAUGGCUGAAUGGGUAAAGCAGCAAGCAGAACGUGAAGCCGAAAAGGAACAGAGGCGCCUGGAAAGGCUAAAACGCAAACUUGCUGAGCCAAAGCACUUUUUCACUAAUCCAGACUAUCAGCAGCAGUGUCAUGAGAUGGCAGAGAGGCUGGAGGACUCUGUCCUUAAAGGAAUGCAGGCCUUUUCCGGCAACAUGGUGUCUCCAGAAAGCAAUGAGAGGCGAAAGCGUCCGAAUGAAUCUGAGAAUGGGGCAGCAUUUGAGAAGAAAAGAUGUUUUUGGCUGGGCGUGGAAGGACUGGAAGACCCUGAUAGUUCUCCAGACAGCAGUGACAGUGAAGGUGACGAAGCCCCGUGCACAUCAGGAAGCUGCAAGGCUUUGCCUGGUGACCAUUUUAAAGUGGCUCCAAGGGCAGAGCUAUGUCCUGGUGGUUCCGAGGAAUCCAUAAGCUGCAGUUCAGUUUCUGACAUGGCUGAGAAGUUACAAGAGGAAAUGGAACCACCUGGGAAACAUCUGGUAGAGGAUUUGCUUAGCAGUGAAACUGUUGCUGCUGAGAACCAUGAAGUAGCCAAGAUGGAAGGAGAGCAAGCAAACACCUUAGGUUCCCAGGAAGCUGUGAGCCAGUUACAAGACCACGAAACUGUAACAAUAAAUCUGCUGGAAUACAACUCUGCUACUGAACUAGAAACCCUUGGGUUAGAGAAGCUGAAGGUUGAACUGAUGGCUUUGGGACUAAAAUGUGGCGGCACGUUACAGGAAAGAGCAGCAAGGCUUUUCUCAGUGAGAAGUCUGGCUAAAAGUGAGAUUGACCCUGCUUUGUUUGCAAAGCCUUCAAAGGGGAAAAAGAAAUGAUCGGUGCUGGAGUCUUUGAUACCUUGGCUUCCAGAUUUGUCAUACUGAUAUUUGUAUAAUGUUUUGGAAAUGAUUACCAUCUUACAUAAAGUGGUUCUUGUGUCAUCUUUGAUUUUUCUGCCUGCAACCUUUGCACUGGAAGACCAGGGUCAGAUUCUACUGAUCCAGAAGAUAGUUCACCUUCGAAGAUAGCAGCAUAUUAAAAGUACCAAGUGGCAAACUUUAAAAAGUGAUAAAUUGGGGGAAAAUGAACUCUUUGUGAACGACAUUCCAGGAGAUAGAAAGCAGAGGGGAAAGGCUGCUGUAUGGCGUGAAGACUUAAUGAAAGCACCACACCUAGUCGAUGAAAGCAAAGCCCCCAAGCUUCUGACUUUGUAGUGAAUCAUUGACCUAUUAGCCUUGUCCAUCUGCAUAACGACAUAGUAAAGUUGAAAUAUUAGUAACAUUUGUGUUGUAGUCAUGUAUGCUUGGAAGCAAAUGUUGAAACUUUUUAACAGUUGAACAAUUAAUAUCUAUUUUAGAUGAAUUAACUGCUGAUGAUUUCCAAAUAUUAUAAGAGCAUUUAAUCUUAGUGAAAGGUUUUAAUUUCUGUAAAUAGCAACAUGCAAACUUGAGCCAUCUAUCUUAUUUAUUUCCUAGCUUAGGAGAUUUGAUCAAACUUUAUCCAGAAGCAGGAUUGCCACCAACACAUUAAAACAUAAAAGAGUGCUAUAUUUACAUAAACUCUAUAGAUUACAGGCAGGAAUAUUCAAGGCAGUGGGUCUUAUUAUUAUUAUUACAUAAUUACAUAAAUAUUAUUAUUACAUAAAUGCCCUGAUCAUCAUUGUGGCUUCUGUGCAGUUCUUUGGGGAUUCAGAAACCUACAAGUUUAAAAUGAUAGGGGUGACCAGCUACAGUGUUAAAUACUGCAUGUACCUAAAAGGAAGACUGAUGCUGCUCAUCCUCGCAGUAAACACCACAUCCAAAAAAGGGCCUAAGUUUUGCUAGGUGUUCUGUUGAGAAAGAGGUAGCAUACAUUUAUUACUGUGCAUUCAUGUACAAGUAUGUACAGUAAUGACCUUUUUGUGUAUAAUUGAAUAGGAAGGUAAUCAUUCCUUCAGUUCAAUAUAAGUUUUUUUAUAUAAUUCACUGAAGUCCAGUUUCAUACUCUCUAGCUGCCCAUAUGGGGGAAGUAUAGUAAUAGUUUUACCAAUCUUUCUUCUUCUAGGGCUGUAUUCCCCUUGAGGGGGUUAGCAUUGACUUUUCUUUGCCAAAUAGCUCGAUUUUGGGCAUUUUCAGGGGUAAGGUUGACAGCAUGUAUGUCUGCAGCAAUGCUGUCCAUCCACCGUUUCUUUGGUCUUCCACGUGGGUCAUUUUUGCCUUUAGGUCCAUUCUUGCAACAGAAGUCUCCUCCUGGCACAUAAUGUGCCUGUACCACUGGAGCCGUGUUUCCCUCGUUUUCUUUGUAAUUGGUGUAAUUCCAAGUCUGUCAUAUGACUUCGUUUGUAACACGAUCGGAAAGAGUCAGGCCAAGCAUCCACCGGAGCAUCUUCAUUUCCAUCACAUGAAGAGUUUGUUCAUGAUUCUGAGUUGUUGGCCAACAUUCUGUUCCAUACAGGGCCACAGGGAGGAUAACUGUGGUGUACACUUUUGCUCUCAGAUGUUCAGCUAUUCUUUUGUCACACGGGACUCCCGUGGUUUGCCGCCAUUUCAUCCAUUCUGCAUUAACUCUAGAUCUAAGCAUCUAGUAGGGUAUCCCCAUCUGCUGAGACCAGGGAUCCAAGAUAUUUAAAUUGAGUGGUCUUCUUCAAGUCUUGGCCGUUAAUUUGGAUUAUUCUAUCUGUUUGAGUGCCUCAUUCAAGUUAUUCUGUGUUUUGUAAAUUUGGCCGUAAUCCAUAAUCAGCUAAUGAUCUAUUGUUAUACUCAUGUGUUUGUUGUUGAAGAGCCGUGUGUGAUUGGUUAACAAGAGCCACAUCAUCUGCAUAAAGCAGUGCCCAAGGAUGUGGCAUUUGUAAAUCAGCUAUUACUGUAUCCAUGCAGAGAAUAAAUAGAAGAGGUGAAAGUG